CUUGCAGGAAAGGAUGAGCCCAGCAGUUACACUUGCACAACUUGCAAACAGCCAUUCAGUAGUGCAUGGUUUCUCCUCCAACAUGCCCAGAACACCCAUGGAUUCAGAAUUUAUUUGGAAACUGAGCACGGAAGUCCAUUAACCCCCCGGGUUGGUAUUCCUUCAGGACUUGGGGCAGACUGUGCCCCUCAACCUCCACUUCAUGGACUUCACAUAGCUGACAGUAGUCCUUUCAACCUACUGAGAAUGUCCGGGCCUGUUUCACGGGAAACUCCAGGGCUUGGAGAAGGACGCUUUCCCCCUACGCCUCCGUUGUUUAGUCCUCCACCUCGGCAUCACCUAGACCCGCAUCGAAUGGAUCGGUUGAGUGCUGAGGAGAUGGCAAUGGUCGCCGUACAUCACACCAGUGCCUUUGACAGGGUACUACGUCUUAACUCCAUGCCUAUUGAGCCACCAUCCAUGGAUUUCUCUAGGAGACUUAGAGAGUUGGCUGGCAACACUUCCACUCCUCCAUUGUCACCGAACCGUCCGAGUCCUAUGCAAAGGCUAUUGCAACCAUUCCAGUCGAGCAACAAAUCCCCAUUUGUCAGCACACCACCCCUCCCACCCCUCCAGCCCACAGCACCUCCUGCCCAGACUGUGCUCAAAUCUAAGUCUUGUGAAUUCUGUGGGAAAACAUUUAAGUUUCAGAGCAAUUUGAUAGUGCACCGUCGAAGCCACACCGGUGAGAAACCGUACAAGUGCCACCUUUGUGAUCAUGCCUGCACUCAGGCCAGCAAAUUAAAGAGACAUAUGAAAACACACUUGCACAAGUCCUCACCUAUGACAGUCAAGUCAGACGAUGGGCUUUCCACCGCAAGCUCUCCUGAACCGGGUACUAGUGACCUUGUUGGCAGUGCCAGCAGUGCCCUCAAAUCUGCAGUAGCCAAGUACAAGAGUGAAACAGAUACCAAUAUGAUUCCAGAAAAUGGAGAUGAAGAGGAGGAGGAGGAGGAAGAGGAAGAAGAGGAGGAGGAGGAGGAGGAAGAAGAGGAGGAACCCGAAAAUGAUAAUAGAUCUGAUUUUGCCUUUGGUGUCAAUCUAGAGAGUGGGCGUCACCAUGAGAAUAGUUCGAGACCUGUAGAGGAGAAGAGAUCUUUGCCUGAAGUGAUGCACAGCAUUACCAUGAAUACAAUGCAACAUUAUGGUGAGGCCUUUCACCAAGUUCUUGUUGAAAAACACAAGCGGACUCAUCACUCAUCUGAAACAGAAGUUCAAAGAGAUACUUAUGAUGAAGAUUCAGUCGCUGGUGAAUCUGAUCGCACAGAUGAUGGUACAGUCAAUGGUAGGGGUUCCUCUCCAGGUGAAUCAGCCUCUGGAGGCUUAUCCAAGAAGCCUAUUUUGGGAAGCCCGACUUCCCUUAGUCCUUUUUCCAAACGCAUAAAACUUGAGAAAGACUUUGACCUGCCAUCAGCACCUUUGGCUCCCACGGACAAUGUUUACUCCCAGUGGCUUGCUGGUUAUGCUGCCUCGCGACAGAUGAAAGACCCAUUCCUCAGCUUUGGAGACUCCAGACAAUCGCCUUUUGCAACUUCAUCUGAGCACUCUUCAGAAAAUGGAAGUUUACGCUUUUCCACUCCUCCAGGAGAAAUGGAUGGUGGGAUCUCAGGUCGGAGUGGCACAGGAAGUGGUGGAAGCACGCCCCAUAUCACUGGACCUGGUCCUGGACGGCCCAGCUCCAAAGAGGGCAAGCGAAGUGACACAUGUGAAUUUUGCGGCAAAAUCUUCAAGAACUGCAGCAAUCUCACAGUCCACCGGAGAAGUCACACAGGCGAGAGACCAUACAAAUGUGACCUGUGCAACUACGCCUGUGCCCAGAGUAGCAAGCUCACGCGACAUAUGAAAACGCACGGUCAGUUUUUCUCUCCUUCCUCUUCAUUUCCUGAAGGUAGUGACUCAUUGGGAUACAGAUCUACAAGUGCCUGCAGACCGGCUGUGCAUCAUCUCUGUGGCCAUUCCUCACAUGUGAGCCUAGACAUUGAGUGCUGUGGGAGCAUUACAGCUCAGCCAGAUCUUGGCCUCAUCCAGCCACCACUUAGACCACAUUAUGGUCGGGGUCAAUGGAUAAUGACCAAGUGUGGAAAUCCUGUGAGAAUUUCUCAUCUAUUCCCCUCCUGGUGAAUGAAGACCAAUCAUUGAAUCCCAUUUUAUCUCAGUUGAGACCAACUGAUUCCAUACAAAGCAAUGAUUGGAUUUGGUAUCUUCCAGGCCAUCCCUAACUGAGGAUAGUACCACGUUCUGUAUUUAUUCCCUGAAAAUGUUCGUCGGGAGUCAGGGUUUUGUUGAGGAGGUACUGUAACCUUUUCUAAUAGACUCAGCAAUCAUAUUAACAGAUGGGGAGAUGAAAGAAUAAUGAAUAGGAUUAGCAAUUUCAUGUGUUUUAAUGGAUGUGCUCAAUUUAUGUGAUGAAAUAUUUAUGCAGUAUCGCUUAGGAAAUCAUGUUAUCAUAAAGAAGAAUUGUAUGGACACGACUUAGUGAAUAUGAGAUAAUACAGUGUGGAGCUGGAGGAACAUGGCAGGCCAGGCAGCAUCAGAGGAGCAGGAAAGUUGACAUUUCGGGUCGGGACCCUUCUGUGAUCUAUUUAUGAUGCAAGUUGAUUAUUCAUGUAAAUUUGGACAAGGAAGCGCAAAUUGGAGGGAGUGUGGUUGAUUUAAAAAAAAAUGUUUUUAUUGUUUAUAAUAUCCCAUAUAUAUAGAGGUGUUGUAUUUAUUAUAGCAGAAGAGAAAGUGAAUUAUUUAUGAGGAUCUUAUUGAGAUAAAUAUUUCAGCUCUG